AUGGAUCACAUUGAGAACUUCGAAGACCUGGCCAGCAGCAUCAAAGCCGAUGGCGUGAGCAUGGACUACCUUCUCUGCAAGCUUUUCCCUUACUCUCUUGCUGGGGAUGCAGCUUACUGGCUAAAGCAGUUGCAACCAGGAUCUUUGACAAACUGGGAGGAUACUAAGAAAGCCUUUCUGAACAAUUUCUAUGAUGAUGCAAUGUCUGAGGAGGCAAGGAACAACAUCUCUACAUUUCGUCAAGGACCUACUGAAGCGUUCAAGGCGGCUUGGGUUCGAUUCAGGUCAUAUCAGAGAGACUGUCCACACCAUGGUUUAGUGAGAUUCAGCUGCUGGGCACCUUCUUUAGAGGCAUUGAUUGGCAGUAUCAGAUGGCUCUCGAUGCUGCGAGCAAUGGGAAUUUCAACACCAGAAGAUGUUAAUUUCAUCAAUGGAGCUGGGUUUCAAGGACAGAGAUGGGUCAAUCAACAAGGAUAUGGUUCCUCUUAUCAUAAGCCUUAUGGUUCUUCUUCUUACCAGAAACCUCCUGAACAAGACAAUGAGAUGAAGUCAAUGCUUAAGCAACUUCUAGAAGGUCAGCAAAACAUGACUGUGAGCUUUAAUGGAAGGAUGGAUGCCAUGUACCAAGACUUGAAUGGGAAAUUUGAAGCUUUGAGCACACAUGUGAAGAAGUUGGAUGUUCAAGUUGCUCAAAGUGCUGAGUCUAUCAAAAGACAAGAGGGUUUUCUUCCUGGAAAGACCAAUAUCAAUCCCAAACAUUCAUGUCAUGCUAUUAUGGUGGAAACUGGAGCCAAUUUCGUGGAUUUUGAGAAGACUGCAACUGAUUUUCGCACUGCAGAAGUUGCGUCGGGCGACACCACUGAACUGUGUCGGUCGACACUGCAAUAG